GGACAUGGUGUUCACCGUGUACGGCGACCACUGGCGCAAGAUGCGGCGGAUCAUGACCGUGCCCUUCUUCACCAACAAGGUGGUACAGCAGAACCGGCAGGGGUGGGAGGAGGAGGCGCAACAGGUGGUGGAGGACGUCAAGCGGGACACCCAGGCGGCCACCCAGGGGAUCGUUCUACGCCGCCGGCUGCAGCUGAUGAUGUACAACAACAUGUACCGGAUCAUGUUCGACUACCGGUUCCAGGGCAUGGACGACCCCCUCUUCAACAAGCUCAAGGCCGCCAACGGCGAGCGCAGUCGCCUCGCCCAGAGCUUCGAGUACAACUACGGCGACUUCAUCCCCAUCCUGAGGCCCUUCCUCAGGGGCUACCUCAGAAAGUGUCAGGAUCUCAAAGACAGCCGCCUCAAGCUCUUCAACGACCACUUCGUCGCGGAGAAGAGGAAGAAGAUGGAGGAACUGGGAUCCAAGAUGGAGCUCAAGUGCGCCAUCGAUCACAUCUUGGACGCGGAGAGGAGGGGAGAGAUCAACUACGACAACGUUCUGUACAUCGUCGAGAACAUCAACGUCGCAGCCAUCGAGACGACGUUGUGGUCCAUCGAGUGGGGGGUGGCGGAGCUGGUGAACCACCCUGGGAUCCAGCGCAAACUCCGGCAGGAGCUGGACGCCGUGCUCGGCCCGGGCGUGCCGAUCACGGAGCCGGACAUCCCGAAGCUGCCCUACCUGCAGGCGGUGAUCAAGGAGACCCUCCGGCUGCGCAUGGCCAUCCCCCUCCUCGUCCCCCACAUGAACCUCCACGACGCCAAGCUCGGCGGCUACGACAUCCCCGCCGAGAGCAAGAUCCUGGUCAACGCCUGGUGGCUCGCCAACAAUCCCGCCAACUGGAAGAACCCGGAGGAGUUCCGGCCGGAGCGGUUCCUGGAGGAGGAAGCCAAGGUGGAGGCCAACGGCAACGACUUCCGGUACCUGCCCUUCGGCGUGGGCCGCCGGAGCUGCCCCGGCAUCAUCCUCGCGCUCCCCAUCCUCUGCAUCACCCUCGGUCGCCUGGUGCAGAACUUCGAGCUUCUGCCGCCGCCGGGGACCGACCAGGUGGACACCACCGAGAAGGGCGGCCAGUUCAGCCUCCACAUACUGAAGCACUCCACCAUCGUCUGCAAGCCCAGAGCGUGAUCCCAACGUUCCUGGCAGGGCGUGCGGGGCCUCCGGGAGUUGGUAGACGGAUGGGUUUUCUUCUUUGGUUUUGUUGAUUCGGUCAUGGUGUGGUGGGUGUGUGGGUGAAGUGAUCUUCGAAUUAGGGUGACGAGAUAAGCGACGACGAGGACAGUUAAAGCAUGUUCAUACUUGUGAUAAUAUUAAUGGCUAUCGAGAAGUAUUAUCACUACAUGGAGGAAAAAUCCACAUGAUUAAGAA